AAACAUAUUUCAAACUUCAACUCAAUUCAAUAUGGCGACUCGGACGUACUGCUGAGCGGUUGUGUUUGUCAUGUUAAAUUCUAUGAUUUUUUGAGAGUGUUUUUCAUAUGUGGCCGUUAAUAUGAUAUCGUCUAUAAUAUCCCGAUUAGUAAUAUUGGUAUUCGGGACCCUCUACCCGGCUUACGCUUCAUAUAAAGCUGUACGGACGAAGAAUUUGAAAGAAUACGUAAAAUGGAUGAUGUACUGGAUAGUUUUCGCACUGUUCACGUGCACGGAGACGUUCACGGACGUGUUCCUGUCGUGGUUCCCGUUCUACUACGAGGUGAAGAUAGUACUCGUGCUGUGGCUCCUCUCGCCUGCUACCAAAGGUUCCUCCAUUCUGUACAGGAAGUUUGUACACCCGGCGCUGUGCAGGCGCGAACAGGAGAUAGAUGAGUACAUAGCAAAGGCCAAAGACCAGGGCUAUCACACAGUGCUCAACCUGGGCACCAAGGGCGUGAACUACGCCACCACAGUUAUUAUGCAGACAGCCAUUAAGGGCGGAGGAGGUUUAGUGCAACAAAUUCGCAAGAGCUACAGUCUGUCCGACUUGAGCGAGUGCGAGGUCCGCGACGAGCGAGGGGCCGACGAGGCCGACGAUGUCUUGGCCGAGCCGAGAAUGAUCCGCCGCGUCGCUAAGAGCAGCGGCUACAACACGCGCCGCAGCGCGUCCGAGUCCAACAGCCGAACACCCAUGUAUUUCCCCGAGGUGGACGUCGAUGUCAGGGGCCCGCGGACCGCACGGGCCGACGAGCCUGAUUUUAGCCACAUCAAAUCCACCGAAGACAUAAGCUCCGGCUACUCCAGCGCGGACAACUCUGCGUCGCUGACGCGCGCCGGCUCGGUGGGCGCGGCGCGCGCGCGCGCGCGGCCCACGCGCACGGCCGUCACCGCCAUCAAGCGCCCGCAGGCUGCCGAGGACAACGAAGUAUUCAUCGAGGAGAUUCCAGACGACGAUAGUUUUGAAUAUGCGAAUAUGCCCCCCUUAGUCAAUCUCCCCUCUCACCUUUUCCUCUCCCACACCGAUCCUCCCUUUAUAUAUCAAUACGUAGGAGAUGAAGUCAGAAUAAUACAAGUCUUAGGAAAUUAUCCUCUAGGUACAAAUUUUAAACAAUCCAAUGUAGAUAAGAGGGACCAAAAUGAAAAUAUUAUUAACGAAAAUUCUGAAACGAAAUUUUCGCCAGACAGAGAACCUCAGGAAGUAUUUGAAAACGCAGAGGAGGAUAUAGAUAACACAGAAGUAGUAAAAACAUCUAAAAGCGAGGAGUUAACUGCGACUACCAAUGAUGAGAAUAACAAUGAAACUAACGAAUCAUCAAAGACAGAAAACGUUCCGACUACAAUGAAUGAUCAAAACGUAGUGGGUUGUAAAAAGACAGAUCUUGAAGCAAAGCCUGAAAAUACGCUAGACGAAAAUAAUCAUAAUACAAAUGCUCUUGAAAAUGAAAUUAAUAUACCCAAAGAUGAAACUAGUGCAUUUAUACAUGAAACUAAUGUACCUAAAGGUAAAAAUAAAGCAUCUGAGGAUGAUAUGAAUGGACUCAAAGUUGAAACGAAUACAUCUAAAGAUGAAACUAAUAUACCUCAAGGGGAAAAGAAUGCAUCUCAAGAUGAAAUUAAAGAGCCUAAAGAUCAAAUGUGUACAUCUAAAGAUGAAAAAGCCGAUUCUGCUAGUCUAGAUACAUCCGCUUAUGAGAAUGAUUCCGCAGAAAGCGACGACGAAGCUUCUUUUGGGACGCCAGAGGACUCUCCCAGGAGUAAACGUAAAUCUAAGUCACCUAAAGGUAAAUAUGGGAAAUGUAGGGCACCCCCACCACCACCAACACCUAAAGCAGAUACUACACAGGGAACAUCUGAAACUUUAAAGAGUGGUAGUGGAAUGGGUAGCUCAAUAGGUACAACUUCCCUAGAAAGCCUGAAUGACAUCCUGAGCAAUUUACCAAAUAAACCUCUUAAAGAAACUACUUCACACCAAACUUUGCAGGUUGUAAAUCCAAUAGCGGAAAAGAAGAGACGUCACAAAUCUAAAUCACCCAACAAAAUCCCUAAAGGGAAUAGUUCAGGGCUUGGAAAAUUGUUACAACUGCCUAGCAAAUUAGCAUUCUGGCACAAGAGUGACGAUAAAUCUAAAACCGACACUACAUCAAUGUCGUCGAGGUCCCGGUCGCAUAGCAGAAGGUCAUCUGGAAAUGACCAACAAACUGAAUUUCAAAGAUAUAUUGACAUAAAUACGCCAUUCGAUACCCCGAAGGAGGAUGCGCAAUCUAUCGCUGAUGACCAAGUUAGUUUUGUUGACGCUGCCGAUUUUGAAAGCGAAGUCAUAUCACAUGACAUUAUGGAAAAGAGUGAUGCUCUACAAAAGUUGAUCGAUGCAAAAAUUGAGAGCCACCCAGAAUAUAAGUUCGUUUCGUUGCACGAUGAUAUUCCUACUGCCUCGAAAAGUACAGAUGUCUGAAGCCUUCCUCUAUCCUAUUUUCUCGUUGCAGCAGCGCGACCGGAACGCAAUGCUGACGGCUUCUUCUACCAUACCUCGCACAAAAAAGUCCAAUAAAAGGAAAACGCAAUAGACACGACACCGACUAAACUUCGUACUUUGUUGACUGACUAGUCUGGUUAUUAUGAGCUCUCUUUACAUACAGGAAACCGUCUGUAUUAAAUUUCAUGUUUUAGCAUAUUUUAUUGCUUAGCAAGUUUUAUUCGUAGAAACAAUGCUUGCAUACUAGAAAGUAUGCCAGCUCUGUGAUUUGUUCUUCCAAACUUAGAUAAUUAUAUAUUAUGAUUUCUUCAUGCUUACAUCUUUUAGUACGAUAUGUAAUAAAUAGAGCCGUAUGUCAUCCUUUUCGACUCAAAAUUGUUAGUUUGAUGUAUUUAAUUUUUGAAAUUUACGAAUAGGCACUUACUAAUCGUUAAUUGAAAAGUCCGUGAGCUAUUAGAAGUCCAUUCGACGGGG